AUGAAGCUCCUCUGUCUCCACGGCGUCGGCGGCAACGCACAGAUGUUUGAAGCGCAAACGAACCAGAUCACCAGCGUUCUGAAGAGCUACGGACACGAAUUCGACUUCUACGAUGGAGCCAUGGACUGCGAGCCGCCGGAUGAUCGCAUCAAGCAGAUCUAUCCACCUCCCUACCUCGCCUUCUACAAAUCUCCCAUCCCGGAAGACGUCGCCGAUGCGGUCGACCUGAUCGAAAGCAUCAUCGAAGACGAAGGACCCUUCGACGGUAUUCUAGGUUUCUCCCAAGGCUGCUGCGUCGCCACCUCGCUCAUGUUCGAGCGACAAAAGGCCAACACCAAACCACCAUUCCGCUUCGGAGUCUUCAUCGGCGCAUCACUACCGUUCAAUGCCGACGACUUGAGCGGCAAGGAAGUCUGGGAAGAUAUCGCGGCAUCGGGAAAGGACCCGCGAAGUGAAUUCGCCGGCGAAUUGGAGCUGUUGCAAUCGGGCAAGGAGUUCAUACUCAACAACCCGGAUACCGUCAACGAGCCCGUCUGGCUGAGACGGUACCACUCGUUGACUACGCCGGCGGUCAAACUUCAGAUCCCGAUCUUGCAUGUGAUGGGGAGUGCGGAUCCGUAUGUUCGGCAGGCGAGAACUCUAGCUUCGAUGCAUGAGAAUGCGUAUGAUCGGUUGGUCAUUGAGCAUGCCGGUGCCCAUGAGGUACCGAGAGACGCGGCGACGAAUAACAAGAUCGCAAAACAUAUGUUGGUCAUGAUGGGGAUGCUGUGA